GCUGCCGGCCGGGAGGUGUGUGUGCGUGUGUGAGAGAGAGAGGGAUAGAGAGGGAGAGGGCUGAGGCUGGACGCCCCGAUGCUGCUCCAGCUACGGAGUGUGUAUUGACGGAUCUGUUGUUUUAAAGCCGGAGAUAGAGCUGUUUACUGUAGUUUUUGACAGCGGCUGUCUUAUCUCACAUUGCUGAAGCAAUGCAGUCCCAGGGCAGCACUUCCUCUCAGCCCUCCAUCGAUUCCCUGAGCUCCGGUGACAGCCUCCUGUGCAGCGACUCGGAGCAUGCCGAAGACGAAAGCGACGUCUUCCUGGCGACUGGCUCUCCUGUCAUCAUCGGUGGCGUGGGCGGGGCUAAGGCCAAUGGAGACGGAGGGUCGGAGAGUCCCGGGUCCCAGUGGACGUGUGAUGGCUCUACAGAUAAAGAGGAAGAGGAGGAGUUGUACAAGUCGGAAAAAGGCGGCAAGGCAGCUCGCAUCAGAUUGGACCAGACAGAUCCGUCAAAACAGAAUCCAAAGUCACAGGGAGACCUGCUGUUUGCUCAAAAGUGUGCUGAGCUACAGGGUUUUGUCAGGCCCCUGCUGGAGCUGCUGAAUGGACUGAAGAGGGGUCGAUUCGAUCAAGGUUUAACUACUUUCCAGCAGAGCGUCGCUAUGGAUCGUAUCCAGAGGAUUGUGGGUGUUUUACAGAAACCCCACAGCGGGGAGAAGUACCUGAACACUCUGCUCCAGGUUGAGGUGAUGCUGAAGAUUUGGUUUCCGCAGAUCCACACUCAGCCUGUCUCCGCAGGCACCAGCGUCGUAGCGUCACCCGCUUGCUCCCAUCAGGAAACUCCCCCCGUCACCCCGCCGCACAAGUACAGGGAUCAGUCACACAUUCCCGUCAAGAAGCGCAGACUCAGCUGGACGGGGACGGACUCCCCCACCCCUUCCCCGGUGCUUUUCAAGUGCUCUCGUAUCAGUGUGGAAGAGAAGAAGGUGAAUCAAGAGUGUGAUGAAAGGAAGAGCCCUCUUUCUUCGUCAUCGGCACCUGAUGCAAACCCAGACUCACCAGUGGCGGACCAGCUAAAUGGGGACACAAAGGGAAAGGACAGUGACAGAGAGGAACUAGGCAAACAAUUAAAAUACAAAGCAGGGCAAAACUCCGAGCCAAGCCUGACGUGGGUCCACGUUGCCCCCAUCUUUUCCCCCCGGAACCCCUGCACUUCACAUGAGGGCACAACAGUGGGAGGAAACAAUGAAAACAAGCCCGUAAACGCCAUCCUACUCCCGCCCAGGAGGAGGGGCCAACCAGCCACACAAGACAGAUCCGUCACUUCUUCCUCCGUCGCCAAGCACCCCAAACAUCUGAAGAAGCCGAGCCAGCCUGUCACUGGGCAACAGAGUGGGAGUGAUACAGCUGAGAUAUGUCAGGGUCAAAGUGCGGCUCCUCAGGUCACGCUCACUCCUUCGCCCGAGGUGUGCCCCACCCCCUUAAAGACCUGAAGAAGAUUUUCACACUACCGGGCUAAAAGCUGCCGUGUGAGGAAGAGGAGAAGAGGAUGAAGAUGAUUAUAGAUGCAUUAAUGGGAGGAAGGGGAGGAAAGAAUUAUCGGUGAUAAAUGUUGAUGUUUGAUCAUACAUAACAACUCAUCAAAACCUCCAUUGAAACUAGUAUCUCAAACAACAAGACAAAAUGUGUUUAUGAGGAGUCAGAUCUAGUAGAGUUGAUAAUCACAACUACGUUAUAAUAUUAACAUUUGCACAAAAACAGUUGUGGUUGAGGCAGAUAGGAAAGAACAUCUAAAGCUAAACGGCUAUUAGCAGCUUAUUGAGUGAUAAUCUAAAGGAGAGAUUUGAAGAAUUUUAAGGAGCAGUUUCUCCUCAGCUUACAAGCAAUCACUUUACUUAAUGAUGACUGGCAGACAUCUUAACCGAGGCACACACUUUAUCCAAAAUGUUAUGAUGUCAAUUUUCAGAAUGAGAGCUUCCAAGGUUAUUGUGAUGAGGUAACUUUAAUCCAGAGUGAGUGACACAGGGUGAGCUGAAUCUAAGGCUAGUCACAUUUGACGUUACAUUCACUUGUAGAUAGAGUUGAGUCAUCCGGCUGGAAGAGGGAUCGUGAGUUUUUGUCAUUGCAAAUCUUGUAGCUAGAGAUUUGAAAAACACAAUGUACAGAGCGCAGCGUUAUACUGUACAUGUGGUGGGUGAGAGUCUUUGGAAACUGGAAAAAAUGACGUCAUUGAUUCAUGAAUGUAAUCCUAGAAAUGUCUGGGCAUAGCAUGGAGAGGUGUGUCAUCACAACGAUCAGAUCUCAACUUUUCUUGUCAAGCUGUUGAUCAGAAGUUUCUUCCCGGUCCUCGACUGCAAACUAACUCAUGUCAUAAAACUCCAAGAAAGACUUUUAAAUACCAGCCAGAGGAAAAAACAAGGACCACUCAAAGACAUGCGACUCUCGAGUCCCACAGUUAAUUUAUUCUGGUGUUGAUCAGACGCUGCAUUUAGUUAUUGUUUGUGUUUAUUUAUUGGGCAGCUGAUAUCGCCUGCUGUGCUCAUGCACAGGUUGGCUUACAAUUGUAUUGAGUGGAUUGGGAAGAUGCUGUUGAAAGUUGUUUUUUGCUAUCAUAACGAGAGAGAAAACUUGAAACGCUUUGAUUGGACUAUUGGACUACUGUGCCUUUUUACCAAAUAGGAUGUGUUCAGAAAAGCAUUUGGUGCUUUCUCAGUGCAUUCAUACUGCAUUUUGAUUGUUUGCUUGUAUUUCACAAAACCAGGACAAAUUCAAUCCUGAAAGCCAACAUGUAGUCAUUUUCAUCUUGCUUCCAAAUGUACACACAGCAUCCAGACCUACAGUAUCAUCAACUAUAUUCAAAACCAGAGUCUAAAACUCCAUCCACAGUUACAUUAACUGCCUACAUCUUCAACCUUUAUACACACACUAACUGUGGUGUGCUGAUAUUUGUAGUAUUAUCAGGGGCGUCCCUCCCUACAGGAGCGUGGGGCCUCACCUCUCGGAGGGGGCCUCAACUGAGCCGCAAAUGCGGUGCACCUAAUAUACGUUUAUGCGGCGCAAUUAGUGUGGCGCAGCACGGCUCCACUAGCACCCCCGUCCGUCGACGCUCGCGAAACAGAGGGCCAUCAUCUAACUUUGCGUGGGGCCUCAACUUGGCCAGGGACGGCCCUGAGUAUUAUUAAGCGGAGCCUUCCUUUGGUGCUUUUCUUUGGGUGCUCUUGAUAAACUUGAACAAAUACAGAGAAAUUCUAAAUGUAAGAGAGGAAAUCUUUAUUUGUACCACCCUCUACUGCUGCUAUUGUUAUUCGGAUUCCAGUCCUAAGUUAGAUGUUCGAUAGGAGAAAUCUGGAAAUCUCUAUCAAUAUUCUUCUCAAGUAGGAGGGGAUUAAGCGAUGUGAUUGGAUUUACCUAUAUUGCAAAAGUAUUGUAAAUAUUUAGAAAAACAUUUUUUAAAUUGGUAUGAGUGUGAAUUGGAAAUCUGUGUACCUUUUUCUUCCCUAAAAGUGAAGACGUGAUCACAGAGCCACAGGCAGCCUCCAUUUUCCUGCCAAUGUUUGUGGAGUUAGGAGUGUACCCUCACAGACCCAGAGUCAGCGACUAACCCCAUCCCGUCUGCAAACGUGACGGUACGAUGAGCCAGACGCUGACUCUCGAUCCGAGGCGGGGGGUGUCCCCCUCCCCACUCCUGUUUUUAUACGGUUGUGGUAUGACAGAGAAACCAAUUGCACUUAUUUUACAUUGUUUGUGUCCUAUUUUCAUGUGUGUUUUCUACUGCAGCGACCACUGCUGAUUGGCCAGAAAUAAUGUCUUAUUUUAGCUGCCUUCGUUCUUCCUAAACUGUAAAAGCUGACCGUAGUUCCCUCCCCUCCCCUCCCCCACUCUGCUGCAUUCGUCUGACCUUGCCCUCUCUCCUUCAACUCCCUCAAUCCCGUUAGUAUAUUUUCUUUCUUAACUAAACCCUGUCUUUAUCUCUUCCCAUCUUUACAUGCUAUUACUCUUCUGGCUACUUUUUCAAUAAUGAUAAACAGGAACAACUCUUUUAAUAAAUUACACAUUUUGGA